AUGAGGCAGAAGGAGAAGGACCUGAUGCUGGCCGCCCGGCUCGGCAAGGCGCUGCUGGAGCGCAACCAGGACAUGACCCGCCAGUACGAGAAGAUGCACAAGGAGCUGACGGACAAGCUGGAGCACCUGGAGCAGGAGAAGCACGAGCUGAGGCGACGGUUUGAGAACAAAGAAGGCGAAUGGGAAGGACGCGUGUCUGAGCUGGAGAGCGAUGUGAAGCAGCUCCAGGGGGAACUGGAGAAGCAGCAAGUUCACCUCCGGGAAGCCGAUCGAGAGAAAACGCGGGCAGUCCAGGAACUGUCUGAACAGAACCAAAGACUCUUGGAUCAGCUCAGCCGGGCAUCGGAGGUGGAAAGGCGGCUGUCUAUGCAGGUUCAUGUCCUCCAAGAGGACUUCAGGGAAAAGAAGUCAUCGACCAACCAGCACAUAGUACGACUAGAGAGCCUCCAAGCAGAGCAAAUCCUUGAAAUUAAGAUGCUUACAGAUCGGAAACACGAGUUGGAGCGUCGCUUGAGUGCCAUGAUGGAGGAGAACAGUCUCCUCCAAGGGACGGUGGAGGAGCUUCAAGAUCGAGUGUUAAUUCUGGAGCGGCAAAGCCAUGAGAAGGACUUGCAGCUGCACCAGAGCCAGCUGGAGCUGCAGGAGGUCCGACUGUCUUACCGGCAGCUGCAGCUCAAGGUGGAGGAGCUCAGUGAGGAGCGCAGCUUGCAGCACUUCAGCUCGACCAGCGCCUCCCUGCUGUCGGAGAUCGAGCAGAGCAUGGAGGCCGAGGAGCUGGAGCAAGAGAGAGAGCAGUUGAGACUCCAGCUCUGGGAGGCGUACUGCCAGGUCCGAUACUUGUGCACACACCUCCGAGGGAACGACAGCGCAGAUUCGGCUGUCUCCACCGACUCUUCCAUGGACGAAUCUUCAGAAACCUCAUCGGCCAAAGAUGUGCCGGCUGGUAGCCUGCGGGCCGCCCUCAGCGAGCUGAAGAGGCUGAUACAAAGUGUUAUCGAGGGCACGGACUCCCCUAGCUCACGGAGGAGUGAUGACGAUGCCUUAGAAGAGCAGAUCAAGCAGACGAGUGAGGAUUCGAGAGCCCUGAGGGAGCUGAUGGAAGGCGAGCGGGGGAAACUGAGGCAGAGCCUGGAAGAGCUGCAACAACUUCACAGCCAGGUGACGCUGCUGAGUGUAGAGAUGACUUCACUGAAAGAGGAAAGAGACAGACUCCGGGGAUCGGUUGACGAUAAGGAAAUGAACGAACAAAUCAUGAAGGCUAUCAGGGAUCGGGACGAUGCAAUUGCCAAGAAGAAUGCUGUUGAAAUGGAGCUAGCCAAAUGCAAGAUUGACAUGAUGUCUCUGAACAGCCAGCUGUUGGACGCAAUUCAGCAGAAGCUUAACCUUUCGCAGCAGCUGGAGGCGUGGCAGGAUGACAUGCAGAGGGUCAUUGACCAGCAGCUGAUGGACAAACAUCCCAAGGAGUGGAGCCAGCCCACCUAUUCCUUCUCCAGCGGUCAUGGAGCCAAGCGGUGUGCCAGACCCUCUCCCUUGCUGAGGCCGGAGCAGCGGGGGUCCGAGCCCAUCGGGGCAGAAGGAAAUCGCCUCUUUUCUUUUUUCAAGAAAAAUUAA